AAGACAAAUAUUUAGGAACGGAGGGAGUAGUAUGUUUUGACUCUGCGUUACAUGAAAUGAUGCCUUUGUUAGUUGCAAAAAAGAGAGCUCCAUCUUCUUUGGCGCCUCUUGUGGGUGAUGCUAUCUGUGGUUGCUGCUUCUUGGGCAAAUUUCAACCUCAGCUUGGACGUGAACCCUUGCAGGUUGCAGCCGUGCCGAUUUGCUUCAACAGAUCACUGCCCCAUCGCCGGUUCUGCCACCAACUCCUCGGAUCAAUGCCUCGCCUGUUGCCCUGGCCAUUGGGGCAUGUGGUGUGUGUGAUCCGGCUCUCCAACUGUUCCUCGUUUCUCCAUUAGUAGAUUAGAUCCCUUGGGCACGCUAUCUGAUGCAACUACUGCAACACCACAAGGGCGCCCAGCAGCAACAACUCCACCCGUGCCGCGGCCUGCACCUGCAACAACACCACUGCUUUUGUACAUCCAAAAUCCCAAUAUAAAUCUAGCCAACAUGCAUCCAUGCACAUCAGCAGCAGUCACCGCUACGAGUAACCCGCCUGGAGAGUGUAGCAGCCCUCCCAACAGAGUUCUUGCUCUCCUCCGUGCACGCACCAAGAUGGCCAAGGCGGCGCUCUGCAUGAUGCUCGCGCUUGCUCUGACGAGCUGCGCAUUCGCCGGCCGCGUCCUCAACGAGCAUCCUGCCGCGCCUCCGGUAGAGGCCGAUCCGUUGCCGGGGCCGACCGAGCCGCCUGUCGACACAGUGGUAGUGCCGGUGCCCGCGGCGGCGUCGCCUUUGCCAUCCGAUGCCGCGGGCGCCGCAGGAGUAGCUCCGGCCGCGGGUGCUGGUGCAACGGCCAACCUAGGAGCCGGUGUGGCUGCAGGCGCCGGCGACAGCCCGCUGACGUUCUUCAUGCACGACAUCCUCGGCAGCUCGUCGCAGCCGUCAGCGCUCAUGGUGACCGGGGUGGUGGCGAGCGCCGACGACCUGGUCAGCAGCAACAACGUCGUCCCCUACGACAGCCUCGUCCAGAGCAAUGGCAACGCCGUCAACGGCGGCUACAAGAACACCAUCCCCUCCGUCAACGCUGGCGGCGGCGCCACGCCCCAGAACCUCCUCUUCGGCAUGACCACCGUCGUGGACGAGGAGCUCGCCGGGGGCCACGAGCUCGGCGCCGCGGCCGUCGGCAGGGCGCAGGGGUUCUACGUCGCGAGCUCGCAGGACGGCAGCAGCAAGACGGUCGUGCUGACGGCCCUGUUCGGCGGCGAAGCGCACGGCGACACGCUCAGCUUCUUCGGGGUGCACCGGACGGGGCAAGAGUCCCGCAUCGCCGUCAUCGGCGGCACAGGGAAGUACGAGACCGCCAAGGGCUUCGCCGCCAUCCGCACACUGCACCCCGGCGACCAGCACGCCACCGACGGCGUCGACAGCCUCCUCCAGUUCGAUAUUCACCUCUCCUGAGCUGAGCUGCUUCCCUAACUAGUGGUAUCAGAUUAUAUGAUGCUCUGCCGUCGCGCUGAACAUUUGUAAUCUGAAUUUCACGGCCUAUGCAUUUUGCUACCAUAACACUCCUAUAUGUAAUGCAAACUAAGUACUGGUGUAUUUAUGCAUAUUUUAUGAAGAAAACUAAGUAUAUUUAUGCAUAUUUUAUGAAGAAAACUACCAUAACACGGCUAUGCAUUUCACAUGAAAUGAAAUCCUGAAAAACUGAACUAUUUGGAUGAGUUACAGAACACAAACCACACCAAAAGCAGAGUAGCAUGAACUCCUAUAAACACAAAACAAAUGGGUGCCAGAAUACUACUCCCUGUAGUAUAAAAAACACUCUUAUAUUAUGGUAUGAAGGGAGUAGAAUUUAAGCAAAAAAAAACUCUGUAUUUAUGUAAAUUUCUACCACUGUUCUCUGAAAGCCUAAGGAGUUGACAAGAACAUGAU